AUGAAAUCCCAGGUCCAGGACAGGUUCCGUGACUUCUACCACACCUGGUUCUGCAAGCUCGAAGAAAUCCUCCACCAGCUUCUUCAAGUUUCCCAAAUGGUGGCCUCUGCCAACGACCAACACGUCGACGUUCAGCAUUUGGUCAACUCUGUGACAUCCCACAUCAAGCAGUAUUACACCGUCAAAUGGGCUGAGGCUCGUGAAGAUGUGCUUCCCUUCUUCGCUCCCACGUGGCUCACUCCUCUCGAGAAUGCCUGCUCUUGGAUCACCGGAUGGAAGCCGUCCAUGGUCUUCCGGUUGCUUCGGAGUCUCGCCUCCACGACGGCGUCGUUUGGCAUGAGUGACGAGCAGGCUAGGAAGAUAGAGGAGCUGAGGAUGAGGAUGAGGAUGGAGGAGGAGAAGGUGGAAAGAGAGAUGGAGAGGCUGCAGGUGGCCAUGGCUGACCACAAGAUAGUGGAGCUCGUCAAGCUCUCGAGCCGGGUGACGGCGGAGGGAGGCGGUGACGGCGGAGGGGUGGCGGCGAAGGAGGUGGAAGUGGGGUUGAAGGGAGUGUUGGACGGGUUGGAGAGGAUGAUGAAGGGGGCAGAUUGCGUGAGGCUGAAGACACUGAAAGGAGUGCUGGAUGUGCUGACGCCAUUGCAGGGUGUGGAGUUCUUGGCUUCAGUUCUUGCUAUGCAGCUUCGUUUGAGGCAAUGGGGGAAGAAGGAGAUCGACAGACAUGCUUCAUGUCCCCCAGAUUGA